AUGAGCGACGAGGACGACGGUUCUGAUCACUAUCAGCUUGCGGCAACUCCGAAGGAAGGCAGUCGAACUACGCCAUCAAAAUCACCGAGUAACGCCGUAUCGAUUGAUAUCCAAGAACCUCUCAAAGCGUUCGUGCCAGUGACGGUGGCGUUCAAGGACCUGUGGUAUUCCGUUCCCAACCCGAGCAAACCAACGGAGUCCAUCAACUUACUGAAGGGAAUCAGCGGGUUCGCGCGUCCGGGGACCAUCACAGCGCUCAUGGGCUCCUCCGGUGCCGGCAAGACAACUCUCAUGGAUGUGAUCGCCGGGCGGAAGAACACGGGCUCUAUCAGGGGUAAGAUUCUGCUCAACGGUCACGAGGCGACGGAGCUUGCUAUCCGGCGGUGCACGGGGUACUGCGAGCAGACGGAUAUUCACUCCGAGACGGCGACAUUCCGCGAGGCGCUCACUUUCAGUGCCUUUCUCCGUCAGGACAGUGACAUUCCAGCGAGUGCCAAGCUCGAGUCCGUGAAUGAAAUCGUGAACUUGCUGGGCCUUGAGAAUCUAGCGGCCCAGCCGAGUGUGCUCUUUCUGGAUGAACCCACGAGCGGCCUGGACGCGCGCUUCGCCAAGAUGAUCAUGGACAGUAUCUGCAAGGUCGCGAACUCUGGGCACGGUAUACUUCGGCGAGCUCAGGACUGUCAGACGCUGGUUGACUACUUUGAGGCGAUCCCAGGUGUGCAACCGCUGCCUGAAAAGUACAACCCUGCAACCUGGAUGCUCGAAUGCAUCGGCGCUGGUGUCAACAAUCCGGUUUCUGAAGGAGAUGACAAGGAUUUCGUGCAGCGAUUUAACGAGAGCGUACUCAAAUCGCAGCUGGAUGUGGUUUUGGAGGAGGACGGCUUGAAAUUCCUGCUUCAGCGGUUUUUCAUCAUGUACUGGCGGUCUCCGGCGCACAGCCUCACACUGCUGGGUGUAGCACUUGGAAGUAUCAUCGUGCUGGGACUUGUCGGUAUGGAUUUAUCCACGACUUCGUAUCAGGGGGUGGCCUCGGGCCUCGGCAUCAUUUUCGUCGCGUUCCAGUUCCAAGGGUUCGUGUCCUUCAAUAGCUCAAUUCCGUUCGCUUUCAACGACUGCGCAGCUUUCUACCUGUCUUACUUUGCUGCUGGGACGGUCGUGGAAAUCCCGUAUGUCUUCGCGAAGGGGUUGAUCAUUUCGGCGCUCCUGUUCCUCUUCAUGAGCUUCACCGGAUUCGUCAAGUUCCUUUUGUUCUGGCUGGCCACGUCCCUCUCGAUUCUUGUGGACGUCUACGCGGGCCACCUGCUCGCGUUCGUGCUGCCAAACAUCGUCAUGGCGUCACUUGCCGGGUCCGUCGUGUCCACGGUCUUCUUCCUCUUCGUCGGGUUCAAUCCGCAGGGCAGCUCCAUCUCCGCCGGCUACCAGUGGCUCUACACGAUCACCCCGCAGCGCUACGCCAUGCCGAUCCUCGCUACGUUGACGCAUGGCGACUGCUCCACGACCCCGGAGCUCAACGCCGUCACGGGUGACUACAUCGAUGUUGGCCCGGAGAUCAGAUGCCAGCCGCUGCAAGACGCCCCACUCGCAGUCGGCAACGUGACGGUCAAGGGGCUGCUCGAAGACGCGUACAACAUGAAGCACGACGACAUCGGCCGCUACUUUGGAGCGCUCCUGGUCUUCGCCGUAGUCUUUCGCGUUCUCGCGCUGCAGUUCCUCAACCACCAGAAGCGGUAG